CACAUAUCGUUGCCGUUCGUGCAAAAUGUCUUAUGUUAAAAUUUCCAUUUUUUUUUAUUGCAUCAUAUGUUUUGACUUCACUAUCCGGAACUUGUGUCAAAAUGUCAUAUGUUUUUGACCAAUAGAAAAAGAGCUGUAGCAAAAUGCAAAAUGCCAUAUGUUUUCAUGUCAAGCCACCUGUUCCUGCAAAUUGUCUCAUGUUGUCAUUGGAUUGUUGAUUGAUUGGCAACUCAGCUCUAACAUAAUAAUAGAUUAUCAAUUAUGGCUCUCAGAGGCAGGCGCUUAGUUGAACUGGCGUUGGCAGAAAAUGAGGUCUCACCAGAGGUUCGACAAUCCAUGGACCGUGAGUUUGGUAUUGUGAACAUCGACAACAACAGUACAACAAACCUUAAUGAGCAUACUUAUUUUGUAAGUCCUAAGCCUACUACCAAUAUUGAAAAUAACACUUCAAAUACAGUAAAACAAAACUCUGCCAAAUUGUAAACUACAAAGAAUUGUCAGAUAGUGACAGUCCUUUAUUUUCGGAUUCAGAUGAGUACAACUACGCUCCCAGUAGUGACUUUGGUGAGGUUUCUAGCAGUGAUGAGGAACCAAAAAAGAAAAGAAGAUCGAAGAAAAUUAAUAAAGUAAGUCUGCUGAAACACGUAGCAGUUCAGAAAGUAACAAACUAUGAAAAACAACAGCAAAUCGGACAAGAACCAGAAAGCAGCACAGAAAAAGAAACAGUAGUUUUUGAACAAAUAUUAACAGGCGAUACCCAACUGAAUACUAAUAAAGAUAGUGUAGUUGAAAACAGAGAAGGAGAAGAAAAUAGAAAUGAAGCUCGAGGGCAAGAAAUAAGAGGGAUAAAACAGAAACGGAAAAGAAGUCGGAAAGGUUUAUCUAAUCCACAGCAAUGGCAAAGACAAGUCAACAAAGAAAAAAGGAUGCGGGGAGAAAGUUACAAGGGCUUAAAAAAAAAUAAUGGAAAGUUUACAUUGAGUGUUGACAAGGAAGGUAGGAAAAUGAAAUGUCGCUGUACGUGUAAGUGGAGUAGUAAGAAUACCAACUCUUUGUCAUGUUCAAGUCUGCAGGAGGAAGACAGAGAGAAAAACUUUAAAUAUUUUUGGAAAGUUUUAAAUGAUUGGUCUGGUAGAAAAGCCUACAUCUCCUCUUUGAUAGAAAGAAAGAAAAUUACUAAAAGACGUAAAACAUCUAUUCUGACUGACUCAACUAAAAGAAAUGUAACAUACAAAUAUCAUCUAAUCAAAGACAACAUGCGUAUUAAUGUUUGCAAGAAAAUGUUUUUACACACAUUGGAUGUGGGUGAAAGAAGUGUUCAGUCAUGGCUUCGUGAACUGUCACAUGAUAAUACUGAGUUAGAGGAAUACAAUUUUGAACCAUUAAAUGUUAAUAAUCCUGUCAUUCCUGUUGCAAAAUCUAAGAAGAAGCGAGGUUCAGAGGAUGUUAAGUCUCGCUCGGUAGAAGAGUUCUUCCAUAGUCUCCCAAAGAUGGAGUCCCACUACUGCAGGGCCUCAAGCCAAAAACUUUACCUUGAACCAGUAUGGGAAAGUAAAGUAGCGCUCUUCAAGGAAUACAAGCAAAAUUUUUGCGUUGACAACAGUAGAAGUGCUAGUUGGUCAGUAUUUUCUAGGGUUAUGUAUAAGCUUAACAUUGAUCUCUACCAACCCAAAAAAGACCAAUGUGAAACAUGCAUUAAGCAUAAACUAGGAACUGUGUCUGAUGAAGAAUUCAAAAUACAUCAAAAUAAAAAAGAGAAAUCCAGGGCAGAAAAGGAGAAAGAUAAGGAAAGAGCAUUAAGUAACGAAUCAUUGGGCGUUUACACAGUUGAUGUUCAAGCCGUUCUUUUAUUACCUAACAUAAUGAGUUCUUCUGCAUACUACAAAACUAAACUAAAACUGCAUAAUUAUACAAUUUAUAAUAUGAAAAAUGCAGAAGUAAAUUGUUUUUUGUGGCAUGAGGCCAAUGGUAGCUUAGAAAGUGAUGUGUUUGCUUCCAUUCUGUACAAAUUCUUACAAAAAGAAAUUUGUGCAAAAAACCUUUCUGAAAUCAUAAUUUGGUCAGAUGGGUGCGGGUAUCAGAAUAGGUGCGAGAAGGUCUCAAAUGCACUACUUCACCUUUCAAAUGUUAAUAAAGCAACAAUAUAUCAAAAAUACCUUGAAGUAGGACACACACAAAUGGAAGUAGAUUCGGUCCAUAGUAAGAUCGAGAAAAAAAUUAAAGGAAAGGAGUUUUACGUGCCCUUUGACUAUGUCAGAUCGAUUCGAGAAGCAAGGAGCAAACCAACAGAGUUUAAUGUUGUAGUACUGAAGUACACUGAUUUUAUUGACUUUUCAAAUGGCUACUACACUAGUGUGCGGCCUGGCAUGAAGAAAGGUGAUCCCAUAGUCUCUGAUGUGUGUGCGUUUCGCUAUUUCAAAGGCUGCAUUUACUUCAAGCUCGAUUUGGAAGACAAUUGGCAAACCCUUCCAAGACGACCCAAAACACAUACUGCUUUUGAAAAUUUAUGUAGUCUUUACAAGUCGCCAAUAAAAAUUACUACAAGAAAGUUUGAAGAUUUGCAGUAUUUAAAAAAAGUUAUUAAUGAGGACUACCAUAAUUUUUAUGAUACACUUCCCCACGAGUGUAACGAUGACAAAAGCCAAUGCAGACAUGUUUUACUUGUAAAAUAGCAAUGUUUUAACUUGCAAUAAUUUUUUUAAGUAAAUGUAAUGCAGAUCAAAUUUGUAAAUAUGGCCAAAAUACUAAACAUUUCUCAACGUGUCCUAUUCUAUUUAAUAUUACGUUUGUUUGUGCAUUUAAGUACUAAUUCUAGAGUAGUAAGUAUUGAUAAAACUGUAUUGUUCUUAAAACUAUGUAUCUGUUUUCUUUUUUAAACCUUAAUAAUUCACAAAAUAAUGUCUAUGUUUCAAAGCAAAAUGGCCUAUGUUUCGUUUUAAGUCUGACUUAAGUCUACAUUAAGUGCAAAAUGUCCUAUGUUGUAAUGCAAAAUACGUUAUGUUAGCCCGAAUAAAUGAUUUUAACUGCAAAAAGUCGUAUGUUCACUUAAACUUAAGAAAAAUGGUUAUAUUACAUUUAUAUAUAUUUGAGCUUAACCAAUAUCAUUUUAAACAUACAUUUAUUUAUUACAAACCACAUAGUUAUAUUACGU